GGCCCCGCCGCGCCGACGGCCAUGGCGGCCCUGGGGCUGCGGCCGCCGCGCCCAAACGGAGCCGCGGUGCUGCUGCUGCUGCUGGCGGUGCUGAGCUGUGGAGCCGCGCAGGAGCUGAGCCCACGGGGCAGGAACGUCUGCAGGGCUGCAGGCUCCUCCGUGCUCGUGUGCUGCCCAGGAUGGAGGCAACAAGGAAGCGAGUGUGUGAUAGCUGUCUGCGAAGGGAACUUUACCUGCAAGGAGAACGAGGUGUGCGUGAGACCCAGCGAGUGCCGCUGCCGCCACGGCUACUUCGGUGCCAACUGCGACACCAAGUGUCCCCGUCAGUUCUGGGGCCCCGACUGCAAGGAGAUGUGCAGCUGCCACCCCAACGGGCAGUGUGAGGACGUGACGGGCCAGUGCACCUGCAACCCCAACCGCUGGGGCCCCAAGUGCGAGAACAUCUGCCUCUGCAAGCACGGCAAGUGCGACCAGAAGACGGGCAAGUGCACCUGCGAGCCCAACUGGUGGGGCCCCCAGUGCUCCAGCUCCUGCUACUGCAGCCACAACUCCCAGUGCGACCAGCAGACCGGCAACUGCCUGUGCCAGCCGGGCUGGUGGGGCCGCGGCUGCAACAACCAGUGCUCCUGCAACAACUCGCCCUGCGAGCAGUUCACCGGGCGCUGCCAGUGCCGCGAGCGCACCUUCGGGCCCCGCUGCGACCGCUACUGCCAGUGCUACAAGGGGAAGUGCAACCAGGUGGAUGGCACCUGCACCUGUGAGCCGGGCUACCGUGGCAAGUAUUGCCGCGAGCCAUGCCCGGCCGGCUUCUAUGGGCAAGGCUGCCGGAGGCGGUGCGGGCAGUGCAAGAGCCUGCAGCCCUGCACCGUGGCGGAUGGGCGCUGCCUGACGUGCGAGGCGGGAUGGAACGGCACCAAGUGCGACCAGCCCUGCUCGGCUGGUUUCUAUGGGGAGGGCUGCGAGAAGCUCUGCCCCCCCUGCAAGGAUGGCCACACCUGCAACCACAUCAACGGCAAGUGCUCGCACUGCAACCCUGGCUGGAUUGGAGACAGGUGCGAAACCAAGUGCCGCAAUGGGACGUACGGGGAGAACUGUGCCUUCGUCUGCAGCGACUGCGUCAGCGGAGAGUGCCACUUCGAGACGGGACGGUGCCUGUGCCGCGCCGGCUCCCACGGCACGUACUGUAACCUCACCUGCCCACCCGGCCACUAUGGAGCCAACUGCGCUCAAGCCUGCAGCUGCCACGACGGCGCCUGCGACCCGCUGACGGGCGCCUGCCACAUGGAAGCCAACCAGCGGAUGGGGGUGAUCGGGGCCGGAGCUCUGCUGGCGCUGCUGCUCAUCCUCCUGCUCUCACUGCUCUGCUGCUGCUGCAUCUGCCGCAAGAAAGACGAAGGGCACGGAGCAAAUCAGGACCCGGUGGCAGCCAAGAAGCCGCCAAGACGCUUGUGCGGGCGCUUCAGCCGCAUCAGCAUGAAGCUGCCACGCAUCCCCCUGCGCCGCCAGAAGAUGCCCAAGGUCGUAGUAGCUCACCACGACCUGGAGAACACGCUGAACUGCAGCUUCAUCGAGCCACCCUCGGUGGUGGAGCAGCCCUCCCCAUCCUGGUCAUCCCGUGGCUCCUUCUCUUCCUUCGACACCACGGAUGAGGGGCCAGUGUACUGCGUGCCCCAUGAAGAGAGCGUGGGUGACAGCAGGGACAGGGCACCAUCCUCCAGCCCCGGUGAGAAGCUCGUGGCCCCGGCCGGUGGGGAGGAGGCAGCUGAGUACAGCUUCCUGAAGGAGACAGGCUCUGUCAAGGCCUUCCAUGCCGACAGCAGCGAAACGCCCCUGCUCAAAUCCUCGGACAGCGAGCGCUCGUCCUGCGGGUCGGGCUCGGCCAGCGCCGCGCUCUACGCCAGGGUCGCCCGCCUCUCCAAGCAGUCCAAGGAGGAGGAGGAGACAGCGCUGUCCCCAGAAAGAACCAAGCCCCGUCCUCCUGACCCAUCCACCAAGCCCAAGGUGUCCUGGAUCCACAGCCGCUACAACUCCAACCAGUCCAACUCGCUGCCCAGCCGCUCCCCGGAGCCAGCGACCGCCCGGCCCAGCAGCCCUGAGCACGGCCAAGGCUUGGCCAAGAGGAAGAGGAGCCCCAGCGAGACGUCGGCUGGUGUGCACGGCAAAGCGGAGGAGAAGGGCAGCGGUGGCACACGUAGCAAGGAGAGACCACAGAAGCACCCCAAGGAGCCUGGCGUCUCUGAGGGCAAAGCCAGCCUUGCCACGGAGCCCCAGUCGCCUUCGAAACCCAAACAGAGGAGCAAGGCCAGCAUGGAGCAGAUGGAGAACAUCAACGGGGCGGUGCAGAACGCCUUCAAAAAGAUGGGCGGCUUCCAUGCGGAGCGGCGGGCCGGGGAGGCCCCGCGCAGCCCCAGUGCCAGCAAGCCACGCUCCGAGGCCCUCCAUCCCCACCUGGCCUCCGAGGCAGCCACGCUGCUGGCGGCCCAGCUGAAGGAAAAGACUCAGAGCCUCAACAAGGCGGAGGGCAGCGCCCGGCCCAACGGGGUGGGGGCCCAGCGGGAGAAGCCCACCCCACCCCAGAAAGCCAAGCGCUCGGCGGCCACCGGCAGCCAGAAGGCCAGCAAGCCCCUGCUGCCCACCUCGCCCAACCUGCAGAAACUGAUCCCCGCCACGGCCGAGCCGACGGCCGGGGGCGAGCCCAGGCGGGUGGAGAAACAAACCACGGUCAGCAGCCAGGACCCGGCUCCCCCGAGCGAGCAGACGGUCAAGAAGACGCCCAUUAAAAAGCCCCCCAGGAAGAAGAGCCGAGAAGCCACCCUGGAGCCGCCCAAAGCAGCUGCGGUGCCAGUGCAGAUGGUGCAGUAAUGGGGAGCUGGGCACCUGGGAAGGACUUUUGGUGCCUGGACUGGAAGAGCCCCCCAGCCUCCUCAUCCCCCAUCUCUUCCCUCAUCCCCUUUCUCUCGUCAGCUCACCUCCUCCAUUGCCCCAGGACCUGGUACACCCCCGGUGCCGUGCUCCCCAUGCAAGGGAUGCAGGAGCUGGGCCCCCCCUCCCCUUUUUUGUAGCAGUAUUAUCGAUCGCAUAAGCAGUGCUUGUUGUACUAGACGUACCCAUGUUAUAUUCUGCAGUAACAGAGCCGCUCGCUUCCCACGCCCCACUCCGCUCCACCGGGUCCCCAUCGCAGCGCGGGGGCGAAGGGGAUGACGCACGGGGCCAUCCAUCAUCGGGGAC